CCCUCGCCUACCACCAAUCUGUCCUCAAGGAAGAGAUGCUGGCCCGGAGACUCAGACAAGCAGGAGAUCUCCGUAGAGUCUCCCCAGUCUCGCGAGCAACUCCUUAAGGAGUUUGCUAAUCGCCCCCUGCCCUCCUACCCCGUUGCCAGGCAGGUUGCUCGUCCUGGCCUCGAGGACUUCUACAGGCCUUGUUACCUCNNCCCCCUGGCCCAACUCAAGAAGAUCUUNUUGAAAGAUCUCAAAUGUGAGACCCACCAUCGCGGUAGUUUUCUGCUGCUGCGCGUGUUCUGCCAGCCGUUUCGCAGGUUGGCAGUCAUGGCUGCAGUAGAAGACGAGGCAGGUGACGUAGAUAGGCUGGCCCUCCGUCACACCAAGGAGGCCCUUCGCGCCUUCGAGGUUGUGCCAGAAGGUACUGUGGUUACCGUCAAGGAGCCAUUCUACCAUCUGGAGGAGGACGGCCGCUACGUUCUUCGGGUCGACCACCCGUCCGACAUGGUGGUCCUGGACCAGCACCACAAGCUGUGUCCCGGGCAGUGGCAGAAUCUUGAAGAGAUUCAGAUGACNGCCCUGGGUUGGAAGCUCGAAGGCAACAAGGCCUUCGUCAGGGAGGAGUACCUGGAAGCAUACCGGUGCUAUACCCGUGGCCUUUCUUGUCUGGAGCCAGAUGCAGACGAGGGUAUGCGUGACCUGAUGCGCGACCUUUAUCACCGCCGCUCAUCAACCAAUCUCCUUCUGCACCGCUAUGAUGCUGCAAUUCUGGAUGCUUUCUUGUCGACUUCGAACGGUCGGGAUGACACAUCGAAAGCCAAGGAUGCUGAGGCCUGGUUUCGUCGUGGUCGUGCUAACUAUCAGCUUGGCAACUAUGCAGAUGCUCUCAACGCUUUUGGUCGCAUGCUCAUGCUUGCUCCAUCAAGUUUGAGAGGUCAUGAAGAGCUCAAGAAGACAAAGACGCGUCUCCUGGAGCAGCAUCAAGGAACAUAUGACUUCGCAGAGAUCAUCGAAGAAGUCACGAAGAAUGGCUUCUUUGCCGACCGCGCCAGCUUCAUCUCAAAGACAGAAGUGCGUCAGACUCAAGAUCGCGGCCGAGGACUUUUUGCCACUCAGGACAUCCAAAUGGGCGAUCUGAUCAUGUGCGAGAAGGCUUUCGUGGCUGCACACCCUGACGAUCGCAUAUCAACCUCGACUCUACCAGUGUGGCUUGACAGCGUUCANAAAGUGAUCGACAACCCAUCGCAGAGCAAAAGCCUACUUGGUCUCUAUGCGGGAGAUCCACGCACCUCAGCCAUCCCUGCUCCAAUCAUCGAUGGCAAUCCAGUGGUCGACACUUUCAAAGUCUCCAAGAUACUCGACCUGAAUGGCUUCNNCAGCUUCCCCGUGGGUCGCGAGUCACAAGCAUACGGCACCUCCGCGAUGAUGACCAAGACGAGCCCUAAAUCAACCGGCUUGUGGAUUCACGUUGCCAACUCCAAUCACGCCUGCUUGUCGAAUGCUGUGAGGAGUUUCAUCGGCGACCUGAUUGUUCUCAGAGCUGCCAAAGACAUCAAGAAGGGCGAUGAGAUUACCAUCACCUAUUCAAACCCUGCACCCCUCUUGGAAGACCGUCAGAAGGCUCAUUUCAAGUCUUGGGGCUUCCGUUGCAGCUGUCUUCUCUGCACAUCGGAAGCGAGCCUUGGAAUCAAGAUGCAGACUCUUGCUGAACAUGUCGAGACUUCUAUGGCAUUCAUGGGAGACAGAAAUUUGGACGACAUCCUUUCCACCAACUCAGAAUUGGUUGCAAUGGCUGAGAUUCUGGCAGAGGACCUCGAAGAAGUCUAUGCUGAUAACCUGAUGCAACGUCUUCCGUGCUUGGGCAUGGUCGACGUCUGGCAAUGGCUAAGUCAGAUUUACUGGCAGGCUCGCAACAGAACCCAGCUUCAGCGUACUGCCACCAAGACCCUUGAGAGCUACGGCUACUGGAUCACUGUACAAGUAUCCAGCCUAAGCAUAGAUUCUACGCAUGGAAUCCCAGCAGUCGGGGUUGUAAACGCCUUGAUGUAUCUGUCUUACGCAGCCGAAGGAGAGCAGAAGAUUGAGCUCAGUCAGGAGUUCAAGGCUUGGGCCAGAAAGAUCUACGUGAUCGUGAACGGUAGCAUGAUGGGUUUCGACUUGAAAUAC